AGCCCGCCCGCGUGUCCGUCCCCGCAGGCCGCCAGGAUGGACGUGUUCAUGAAGGGCCUGUCCAUGGCCAAGGAGGGCGUCGUGGCCGCCGCCGAGAAGACCAAGCAGGGGGUCACCGAGGCGGCCGAGAAGACCAAGGAGGGCGUCCUCUACGUCGGAAGCAGGACCCGAGAGGGCGUGGUCCAGGGCGUGGCCUCAGUGGCUGAGAAGACCAAGGAGCAGGCGUCCCACCUGGGUGGAGCAGUGUUCUCCGGGGCCGGCAACAUCGCGGCCGCCACAGGCCUGGUAAAGAAGGAGGAAUUCCCGGCUGACCUGAAGCCAGAGGAAGUGGCCCAGGAAGCUGGUGAGGAGCCUCUGAUAGAGCCCAUGAUGGAGCCAGAAGGGGAGGGCUAUGAUGAGCCACCACAGGAGGAUUAUCAGGAAUAUGAGCCAGAGGCGUAAGGGCCCAAGGACGGCGCCCCCACCAGCAGCACAAUCCUUUCCCUCUUCCCUAUCCCCCCCAAAAAUAAGCCAGGGCUGUCCUUUGACCCUACACACACACACACACACACACACACACACACACACACACACACACACACACACACACACAUAUGCACACAUGAGUCCAGAUCUUCCUUCGCUCCGGGGCAGCCCCCUCGGAGCCUGUGUUCGUGUCUGUCCAUCCGUCUCUCCUUCCCAGCCCGUGUCCGACCCGGGUGUGUGGCCUGGGCCGGGGCAGCAGCCCUGUCUGGAGCCCCGCCCGCCCCCACGGAGCUCCCUGCCCGACCCCCCUCCCCUCGCGUCCAGCGUCUAGAGGAUGUCGCAUGUUCUGUGUUUUUAAGCCAAGAGCGGAUAAGUGACAGCUCCCCACACCCACCCUUGAGGAGACUAGGAGGGCUCCCCCCUCCACUCCACUCCACUCCCUCAGCCCCAGCCCCUUCUUAGUUCUGUCUUCACCCCCAAACCCGGAGCCAGGCUGCGCCAUCUCCCCUCUUCCAGCCGGCCGGGUUCCCAGCGCGGGCGUCAUGUGUCGUGAUCGUGGCAUGGAAAGUGACCCCAGCCCCUGUGUGAGCGUGUCCGGGGGGCGGGCCCGGCCGCCCCUGUGUCCAUGAAUAAAGCCAAUCUGUCUGUA